AGAUUAUUACCCAAUAUGUCUUCUUCAGCUUGCAAAAGAUCUAUUAUAUCAUUAGAAUUGGAUGUUUCAGGGAUAUUAUCAGUAUUGUUAUCAUCAUAUCAUAAAGGUAUUAAUGUUUUAGAAAAAGAAGUUUUAGAAGAUGAUGCUUUGGAAGAAGAAGCUUUGGAAGUAAAAGUAUUUGAAGUAGAGGCUUUAGAAGUAAAGGUUGCAAUGGUGUUGAGCUUCUAG